AUGACUCAAGUUCGAGCUGUUUAUGAAUUCGAAGCACAGCCAAACUCUGGAGAGCUGUCUAUUUCAGUAAAUGAAAUUCUUACAGUUGUCAGAGAAGGUAUCCAGGGGGGAUGGCUAGAAGGUCGCAAUGCAAAAGGACAACAUGGACUUUUCCCAGAAUCCUACGUUGUGAAAAUCAAUACUUCACCAGCUCUUCCAGAAGCAGUUGCUAUACAACAUCACAAUCCUCCAGCCUUUGCUGUUGAAAAUAGCUGGGAUGCACCCCCAACAUCUGCUCAUUAUCCACGACUGCCUACUUCGUCAAAUGAACAGCAGUUGAACGAUGUAGCAGCACCUGCAGUGUUUGUACCAGCCUCUCAUGACGAUGACGAUUUUGAUGAUUGGACUGAUGAUGACGAAGAACUAUCGGAAAGUGUAUUAAAUACAGCGGAUAAUCCUGAAAUGCAAACUUAUAUAUCCAAUAAUCGAAUUACCAAAGGUGAUGCAAUGGUUAAGCAAGGAACAGUUAGAAUGAAGAAUAUAAAUCGAUUCUCCAAUUUCGUUAAAUCAGGCAUGGAAGAUUACGUUCUACUUGCUUCAAGACUCACAUCAAAAACGGAGGAACACCAUGAAAUAAUUCUAACAACGGACGGAGCGGAAUGGAUUCCGGUUGCGCAGCCUUAUUAUUGCAUCGUCGAUAAGCCGAAGAAAGAAUCUAAGCUAAAAGGCUUAAAAAGUUUCAUUGCAUAUAGUGUUAAAUCCUCCCUCAGCGGUAUACAGGUGUCACGACGAUACAAACAUUUCGAUUGGCUUCAUGAGCGGAUGUCAGCCAAGUACAUUUUAAUACCACUCCCACCAUUGCCGGAAAAACAAGUUGCUGGUCGAUAUGAAGAAGAUUUUAUUGAGCACCGGAAGAACAUUCUACAAAUUUGGGUUAAUAAAGUAUGCAGACAUCCUGUUCUCAGUAAAUCAGACGUAUGGAUACAUUUCGUAACGUGUACGGAUGAAAAGAAGUGGAAAAAUGGCAAAAGAAAAGCAGAAAAAGAUGAAUACGUUGGAGGAAAUUUUCUUUAUUCUGUUACGGUUCCAAACCAGCCACUCGAUAGCAGUGAUGUUGAGCAGAAAGUGGAUAAUUUUACUCGUUCGAUGCGAAGCUUCGAAGAAAGUGUUCACUUCAUGUAUAAUCGAGUCAGUGAAACUCACAAAAGACUUGGAGGACCAUAUAAAACGAAUUGGCAAAAAAUGGGAGAAGCGUGUACUGGUCUCUGUCGAUCAUUUGAUGUCAAUCCAUCAUCAAAAAAUGAGAAAGUUAUAAGUGCUCUCAAAGAAACUGCAAAAACUCUACAUUGGAUUGGCGAUGAGCAUGAGAAAUUAGCUAAGAAAUCGUUAGACCCCUUAUUGGAUGCAUUGUAUUCUUACAAAGGGAUGCUUGCCUGCAUACCAGAUAUCGUCAACGUUCAUAAGUCAGCGAUAUCCAAACUGCGUGAAAAUGAAAAGCUUGCAAUAGAAGGACGCGUUUCAAGUACAGAUAUGGAAAAAGUGAAAGAGAAAGUUGAUUCUAUCAGUUACAUGAUGCUUGCUGAAAUAACAUUUCAAAAUCAUGAACUUGGUGAAGAUUUCAAGAACAUGAUGGCGACAUAUUUGGAAAGUCAGGGAGAGUUCUAUAUGAAUAUUGGCAACCAUCUAAAUAACCUUGCCCAAAAGUUCAAUGUGUUUGGUUUUAUGCUACAGAGAUAUUUCAUAUCUCUUUCAUCAUCAUCAUCAUCAUCAUAUCCACGUCAUCUAAGGCCUUGA